AAAAUCCGGACCGUAGAUGUGUUAACCAAUCAAAAUAGAUCUAACUGCAUCCCCGCUGAACGCUCGACUUCACUGGGUGGACUGCACAUUUCUGUUGGAUAGAUUUGAAUCUGCAAUUCAUAGUGUUUUUGAGUCAACAAUCAAGAUAAAGAUGCAGUUCAUGCUGCUGUUCAGUCGGCAGGGUAAGCUGCGGCUGCAGAAGUGGUAUGUUCCCCUGUCGGACAAAGAGAGGAAGAAGAUCUCCAGGGACCUGGUCCAGACCAUUCUAGCCCGUAAGCCCAAGAUGUGUUCCUUCCUGGAGUGGAGGGACCUCAAGAUCGUCUACAAGAGAUACGCCAGCCUGUAUUUCUGCUGUGCGGUGGAAGAUCAAGACAAUGAGCUCAUCACUCUGGAGAUCAUCCACAGAUACGUAGAGCUGCUGGAUAAGUACUUUGGCAGUGUGUGUGAGCUGGACAUCAUCUUUAACUUUGAGAAGGCCUACUUCAUCCUGGAUGAGUUCCUGCUAGGAGGAGAGGCUCAGGAGACCUCCAAGAAGAACGUACUGAAGGCUAUAGAGCAGGCAGACCUGCUGCAGGAGGAUGCCAAAGAAGCUGAAGCCCCGCGGAGUGUCCUGGAGGAGAUUGGCCUGACAUAAACUCCCUCCAUCACUGCCCCAACUAUCUCCCUCUCUUUACUCUCUCUCUCUCUUCACGGGGGGGCCCAAACAUCUUGUUCUCGCACCUUUUAAUGUGCUGUAGUGUUGUCUUGUACUAAAACUCUUAUCAUGUUGUUAAUGAUACUUGUGCCAACUGUCUGUUCCUUUUUUUGUUGUUGUGCCUCGUCAAACACUCACCUUUUGAAACCCCUGGGGUAUAUGCAGCCAGUGGCCACAAACUACACCAGUAAUAACUGAAAUCUCACCCACCUUCCUUAAGUCCGUGUUUCUGUUGUACAUGACAUGUCCGUGACGGCCACUUUAACUCCAGUCUCGUCUAGAGAAUUUAAAACAAUUCAAAGUAUAUCAUAAAGAGUUAAGAAACCCCAUUUUUACUUAAAUGGGAUGUUCACAAGUGAAAAGAAAGCAAAACGACGUCAGUAUUUUUAAAGAAGUGUUACAGUUUAAAAGUAUUCAUGUUCAUUCUUUCAUUGUUUUGACCAAAGAACACUGUGUUAUAAUCAGAUCGUUUUGAAGAUAAGUGGUGUUUAGGGGGAAAAUAUGUGCUCUCUCAGGGUUGGGGUCAAUUCUAUUUAAAUUCCUAUCAAUUCAGAAAGUAAACCAAUUUACACUUUUUACUCAUUGAAAAUCAUUGAAGGAAAUGUGCAUUGGAAUAUCAGUGUAUUCCUGAAUUUAAAUGGAAUUGACCCAAGCCUUGCUCUGUAUAGACUGAGUCCCGGAUCUUUGUGCUGUCUUGCUACCUCCUGUGUCGUUCAAUAUGUUCAGUCGGGAAGACAGCACAAACACACCUGGGACUUCUCCCAUUCUGCAUGCUUUAAAAGGCAAGGGAAGAGUAACACUGGGGACUCCGCCCACUCUGCAUGCUUUAAAAGGCAAGGGAAGAGUAACACCGCCCACUCUGCAUGCUUUAAAAGGCAAGGGAAGAGUAACUCCGCCCACUCUGCAUGCUUUAAAAGGCAAGGGAAGAGUAACUCCGCCCACUCUGCAUGCUUUAAAAGGCAAGGGAAGAGUAACACCGGGGACUCCGCCACUCUGCAUGCUUUAAAAGGCAAGGGAAGAGUAACACCGGGGACUCCGCCACUCUGCAUGCUUUAAAAGGCAAGGGAAGAGUAACACUGGGGACUCCUCCCACUCUGCAUGCUUUAAAAGGCAAGGGAAGAGUAACACUGGGGGCUCCGCCCACUCUGCAUGCUUUAAAAGGCAAGGGAAGAGUAACACCGGGGACUCCGCCCACUCUGCAUGCUUUAAAAGGCAAGGGAAGAGUAACUCCGCCCACUCUGCAUGCUUUAAAAGGCAAGGGAAGAGUAACACCGCCCACUCUGCAUGCUUUAAAAGGCAAGGGAAGAGUAACUCCGCCCACUCUGCAUGCUUUAAAAGGCAAGGGAAGAGUAACUCCGCCCACUCUGCAUGCUUUAUAAGGCAAGGGAAGAGUAACACUAGUGAAAAUGAACAAAAAGGGAUUCUGUUACUAAUCGAACUUCUCUUCGUCACACAAUGUUUUAACUGUCAAUGAAAAUGCAUUUAGGGCACUUGAUUCGUAGCCUGGUUCUGACCUGAAUUCUGUUCAUGAAGUGAUCGUGAAACUGGAACAUUCUAGUUGAAUCAUAACAGGCUACUUGUUAUUGAGGAAGGUUGUGACAAUUGAAGCACAAAUCAUGAGGUACUCCCACUAUAUCACUGCCUGUGCUUAAUGCACACGGACAUGACCAGUUACUGAAUCGUUUACAAAAACCAUUGGUUAAAGAAACCUAAAACCUGUUGUUAUUCCCUGUCUACCGUACAGACUGCUCCUUUACCAAUGACCAGAAUGGUGUCCUGUUAAGACAUUUUAAUGUUCUCUUUCAGCUUGUACUGUAUUUGCUCUUUAACUGUGGUGAACAUCCCAAAUGGCACCCUAUUCCCUACAUAGUGCACUACUUUUGGCCAGAGCCUAUGAAGAAGUGCACUAUAUAGGGAAUAGGGCACCAUGUCUUGCUCCUGUGUACAUUAUGAAUCAUUUCAAAGUAUUGCCUUUAUUUUACACAGACAACUGUCACUACUUCAGUUCUCUCAAAUACUGUAAAUCAUUAAAACAAUAAAUGUCUAUGGAUUAGCAGAA